CCUCCUUCGCUGCUUCUUCUCCGUCUCCGUCUCCGGCUGAGCCGGAGAAGGGGAGGACGGGGCGCUGAGGGACUCGAGACACGAUGAAUGAACCAAGAUGCUGUGCUGAGGAGAUCGGCUGUUCAUUGGGAGCUUUGCGCUGCGGGACUGGAGUGUGAAAGGAGCACAAAAUGAAAAUGCUUCCCGGUGUCGGGGUAUUUGGGACUGGGAGUUCGGCCCGUGUGUUGGUCCCUCUGCUGAGAGCCGAAGGCUUCUCCAUUGAAGCUCUAUGGGGGAAGACUGAAGAGGAAGCCAAACAGCUAGCUGAGGAAAUGAACAUUUCCUUCUACACCAGUCGAACAGAUGAUGUUUUGCUGCACCAGGAUGUAGAUCUGGUUUGCAUCAACAUUCCCCCUCCGCUAACGCGACAAAUUGCAGUGAAAGCUCUAGGAAUUGGAAAGAACGUAAUCUGCGAGAAAGCCGCUACCUCUCUCGAUGCUUUUAGGAUGGUCACGGCUGCUAGGUAUUACCCCAAGCUCAUGAGCAUCGUGGGCAACGCUCUGCGCUUUCUACCCGCGUUUGUCAGAAUGAAGCAGUUACUCGACGAACACUAUGUCGGCAGCAUCCUGGUCUGUGACGUGCGAGUGUACUGGGGCAGCCUCCUCAGCCAGAAGUACAACUGGAUUUGCGACGAGCUGAUGGGCGGGGGCGGCCUGCACACGAUGGGCACUUACAUUAUAGACCUGCUGACCCAUCUCACGAGCCGAAAGGCCGAGAAGGUCCACGGGCUGCUGAAAACAUUCGUCAAGCAGAACUCGGCCAUCAGCGGCAUCCGCCACGUCACCAGUGAUGACUUCUGCUUCUUCCAGAUGCUGAUGGCGGGAGGCAUCUGUAGCACAGUGACGCUAAACUUCAACAUGCCCGGGUCCUUUGUUCACGAGGUCAUGAUCGUAGGCUCAGCUGGCCGCCUUAUUGCUCGCGGGAUGGAUUUAUAUGGACAGAAGAACGCAGCUCCCCAGGAAGAGCUAUUAUUUAAGGACUCCCUGAAUGUCCAUGCGGAGCUGUCCGAAAAAGAAUUCAAGGACAUCCCUCUUCUGUACCUCAAAGGAAUGGUCUACUUGGUGCAAGCUCUCCGCCUUUCCUUCCAGGAUCAGGAGGACCAGAGGACCUGGGAUCCCAAACCGGUGGCAAUGGCAGCUUCUUUUGAAGAUGGCCUCUAUAUGCAAAGUGUGGUAGAUGCCAUUAAAAGGUCCAGCAGGUCUGGAGAAUGGGAGACGGUGGAGGAGAUGAUUGAAGAGCCCGAUGCCAACCAGAACCUCUGUGAGGCGCUGCAGAGAAAUAACCUAUAAUGCAGAUACUCCUGCAAAACGGAACCAUUGGAAGCAGAAGGGGUGGGAGGGUGGAAUGGAAGCAGGGGAAAAAGAGGAAGGGUAUAUGUGUGUAAAGGGGGAGUCUGUGUUUUUUUUUAAUCUCGGAGAAUUUUAAUUGUUGCAGACGUACGUGUCUCUGGUUACUUAAAAUUUAAUAACUUGUGUAUUGUUAGGAAAACUUGAAUUGCCAGUUGCACUCAGCAGACAACAGCUCUGUCCCCCCCCAAAAUCAAGAGCUUUUGGGGUGCCAAGCUCUCUUCUGCGCCCAGCUCACGUAUUGAUGCAAGUUGAACCUAAUUGGCAUGUAGUGCUAGAGAAUGCUGAUUGUUUUUAAAAUAGGAAUCGAAGUUAUUUUUUUUAACAGCUCUUUGAGGUGGGGAAACAGCGUCCCCAAAGGAAUACAAAGGAGGCAAAUCUUUAGAGCUGGCCCUUUUAAGAGAAUUAGAAGGGACAGAGAUAGGAAUCUCUUUGCAGAGACACAAGACUUUGCUACAAUUCAGGGAGCAACCAGUGAAUGAUCAUGUUCAUUCAUUGGGUUUCCCCAACUCUCAUAUGAAGCCCAUCUGUACCGAAAGACUGAAGCAUGGAUCUGAGAAAGCUUGCAUUGAAUUAACCCAGUCUAGAACUCCUAGAUGCUCCAGACACUUUCCGGCAUUUCUCAGUCUAUCCGUGGCAGUAGAAAUGGGAAAAAGAUUAUUAGCGUCCAAGGGCCCCCCAAAAAUGAAAUGGGAUAUAUAUAUAUAUAUAUAUUGCGAACUAUCCUAAAAAUACAAGUUCCAGGCGUAGCUAUAAAAGAAGAGACAGGCAUCACGAUCUCCGGAACUUAAAAUCUAUUAUCCACUUAGCUUUUGUUAGCCUCUGCUAACAUGGUCAGAGUAUAAAAACUACCAUUGAAGAGAUAUUUGCCUUUAUCCAC